AAGAGAGAGCGGCAGAGAGAGGGAGAGAUAUAGAGCGACCACCCCUUUAUUAAUAUUAUUCCACACCGCUAAGUUUAGCAUUCAACACGUGUCGCCAGUGAUGGAGAGAGAGAGAGGGAGGAGGGAUAGAGAGAGAGGUUGAUGGUUGCUAGGUGACCGGGCGCAUAUACUGAAUUUUAACAAAAGAACAGGGAAAGAGGGAGAGGGAGAGAGGAGAGAGAGGGAGAGAGAGGUAGAGAGAGAUCGAGAAAUUGAAUACAUGUAGAAUAUAUAUUUAGAUAUAUAUUUUCAGGGGGGAAAACCCGCAAACGGAUACCUCAAAAGGGAAGGAUGUGAAAAGGAUGGAGGGACGAAGGGAGCGAGGGGGGAAAGGCUUAUGAAAAACAGCACCCUCUCUCAGUGCACUUUACAUCUUCGCCCCCCCUCCGCCCCUCCCCCCUCCACGGUUGGUCAAUCUAUUGCAAUGGUCGCCAUACCCACCCUCUCUCUCCUAUUGGCCCUGGCGGAGUGGGCAGGACCGGUCACACCCUCCCCACACCUCUUGCUCCGCCCCCGGGAGCGGGAGAGAGACCCGGGGACUAUAAUGAACUUCAACAUCGCUGUGAUCCACGCAGGGGCCAGCGUGCAGGUGGAGGCGGCGGCCGGGCCCGGGGGAAGGGUGCUCUACCCUGGAUUCGGCCGGGCACACAGCUCUCUAGGGGAGAGCGUGAUAACCCAGUGGAGCUCUGCUAACGUCAUCUGGCUCCAGGUGAAUGACAGUAGUCCUAAGACUCUGCUGUCCCAGCUGUGUGACCUGCUGGCAGCGAGGCCCCUACAGGGCCUGGUCUAUGAGGAGGAGAGGCCACCACCCACUGCCUGGGGACCCCUGGCCCCCAUGUUAGAGUUUGUCUCUGCCCAGACUGGACUGCCCAUAGUGGCUGUAGGAGGAGGGGCAGGGCUGGGGAGGAUGCAACAGGAGUCAGGCUCCAUCUUCCUCCAGUUCAGCUCAUCCACCACCCUCCAGCUGGAGGUCAUCUUCAAAAUACUAGAGGAGUACGACUGGACCACCUUCUCAGUGGUGUCCACCCGUCACCACGGCUACCAGGACUUCCUGUCGGUGGUGGACGGCCUGACGGACGGCUCGUUCAUCGGCUGGGAGAAGAAGAGCGUGGUCAUGCUGAACGUGACGGACGACCCGGGAGGGGCGCGCACGCUCAGGCUGCUCAAGGAGAACGAGGCACAGGUACGUCUGCUCUACUGUUCCCAGGAGGAGGCCGAGCUGGUGUUUAAAGCAGCCUGGGCUGCGGGUCAGGCUGGACCCUCUCACAUGUGGUUCGCUGUGGGGCCAGCCCUGUCCGGCCUGGGCAUGGAGGGCCUCCCCAGGGCCCUGUUCGCCGUGCGUCCGCAGGGCUGGAAGGACAAGCCCCGCAUGAGGAUCGCCAGAGGCGUGUCCAUACUGACCCACGGGGCGGUGGCACUGCGCCGCGACUACGGGGCCUCGGGAGGGCCAAACUUUGUCAGCAACUGCAUGACGGAAGCCAAUCAGACACACAGGGUGCGGGGGAGGAUGAGGUAUUUCAGCAACAUCACGUUGGGCGGCAGAGACUACUCUUUCGACAGUGACGGUUACCUGGCCAACCCCGUCCUAGAGGUCAUCUCCUAUACACCUGGCAAAGGCUGGGAGGAUGUAGGGAUGUGGGAGAACGGUAAGUUGGAUUUGGUUUACCCAGCGUGGUCGCGUUAUGGUCCGUUCCUCCAACCCCCCGAUGGCGCCCAGCACCUGCGCGUGGUCACUCUGGAGGAACGUCCGUUUGUCAUCGUGGAGCUGGCUGACGCCGCCUCCAAUACCUGCAUCAGAGACUCUGUACCCUGCCGACGACCCCUCAACGCCAGUAUUCCUGUCCAGGAUCCCCCAAAGAAACAGUGCUGUAAGGGUUUCUGCAUCGACAUCCUCAAGCGAUUGGCCAAGAUCGUGGGUUUCACCUACGACCUCUACCUGGUGACCAAUGGGAAGCACGGGAAGAAGAUUGACGGGGUGUGGAACGGCAUGAUUGGAGAGGUGGUGGGACAGCGAGCGGACAUGGCCAUCGGCUCCCUCACCAUCAACGAGGAGAGGUCAGAGGUCGUGGAUUUCUCCGUCCCCUUCGUGGAGACAGGCAUCAGCGUCAUGGUCUCCCGUAGCAACGGAACCGUCUCACCCUCUGCCUUCCUGGAGCCCUACAGUCCAGCGGUGUGGGUGAUGAUGUUCGUCAUGUGCCUGACCGUGGUGGCUGUGACCGUCUUCAUAUUUGAGUUCUUCAGUCCGGUCGGCUACAACCGCAGUCUUUCCAGCGGAAAGAAGGCAGGAGGCUCUACGUUCACCAUAGGAAAGUCUGUGUGGCUGCUGUGGGCCAUCGUGUUCAAUAACUCGGUCCCGGUGGAGAACCCCAGAGGAACCACCAGUAAGAUCAUGGUGCUGAUCUGGGCCUUCUUCGCUGUCAUCUUCCUGGCUUCCUACACAGCCAACCUGGCUGCCUUCAUGAUCCAGGAGGAGUACAUAGACACUGUCUCUGGACUCUCAGACAAAAAGUUUCAGCACCCCACAGAGCAGUACCCCCCUCUGAAGUUUGGCACGGUGCCCAACGGGAGUACGGAGAAGAACAUCCGCAGUAACUACCCUGGCAUGCACCAUUACAUGGUCAAAUAUAACCAGAGAGGGGUGGAGGACGCCAUUAACAACCUCAAGACUGGGAAGUUGGAUGCCUUUAUCUACGAUGCGGCUGUGUUGAACUACAUGGCCAGGAAAGACGAGGGUUGUAAGGUGAUGACCAUAGGCUCUGGGAAGGUAUUUGCCACCACAGGCUACGGUAUCGCCCUGCACAAGAACUCCCGCUGGAAACGCCCCCUCGACCUGGCCCUGCUGCAGCUGGUGGGAGACGAUGAGAUUGAGAUGCUGGAGCGUCUGUGGCUGUCAGGUAUCUGUCACAAUGACAAGAUCGAGGUGAUGAGCAGUAAGCUGGACAUAGACAACAUGGCGGGGGUCUUCUACAUGCUGCUGGUGGCCAUGGGGCUCAGUCUGCUAGUGUUUGCCUGGGAGCACCUGGUCUACUGGAGGCUCAGACACUGCAUGGCUACCAGCUCCGGCAGGCUGGACUUCCUACUGGCCAUCAGUAGGGGCAUGUACAGUUGCUGCAGCUUUGAGGAUGAAACCAUGCCGGGCGGGGCCAAAUCCUCCAUGGCUAUGCUCCCCCAUCAUCAUGGCGCCAUGGUAACAGUCCCGCCCCAGCCACACUUGGUCAGUGGGUCGUCAACCAACCCGGCCCUGACCAUGGCGCAGCAGCAACAGCAGCAACAGCCACAGCCUGUCUACAAAACACAACUCCCUGGCUCCCCUCCCACCGUAGUGCAUUCUGGGACGGCGCUGGGGCCCUCCAACACACCCAUGCUGGGGGCGCCCCUGCCCUGCUCCACAUUCCUCCCCCGGCCCGACCGCAGACUGGCCAUGGUGGACCGCUGGAGGCUGCCCAAGACCGGGACCGCCACCAACCCCAUGGCGGUCCGCGGGGCCGUCGCAGACAUGGGGCCCUUCCCCCAGAAAAUGGCUCCUACCUGGGGAACGACAGCUGGAGGAGUGGGGAUUGGUGGUGGUGGUGGUGGUGGUGGUGGUGGGGGACUGGAUGGAUAUAAACGCUACUAUGGACCCAUCGACCCUGAGGGUCUGGGGCCCUGUAUGGACCAGCCGGCAGGGUCCCAGACCCCCAAAACAGCCCCCAGGAGCCACCCCCAGCCCCCUCCCGCCACUGUGGCCUUCUACUCGGAGAAGGGCCCUGACCAUGGGGUGGGGAAGAGGGUGGUGGGAGGUGGUGGCGCUGGGGUUCAGGGAAAGGGAGGGGUCAAACCUUUGGGGACGCCUCGGCUGCCUCCUAAAAGCCAAGCCGUGGGCGUGACCCCAGUCCCUCUGCCCCCUAACCCCCCGCUGCCACACCCCUCCCCCCCUCUCCCCUCAUCCUUUUGGAGGAAGCGCCGGCCCAAGAAGCCCAAAGAGCCAGGCGGGCCUCUAGCACGCGGGAAGGUUUGGACGCAGAGGAGGAUGAUGAGGAUGAGGAGCUGA